CUCGCACGGGAGACGACAGAGGAACUCACUGAUGCAGCGAGAGGCAAACAACAAGAGUGACACGCAGCGAUCUGGGCCUCUAACCUUGAACCAGUAGAGCACUACCAUGCCUGAGAGUGAUACCUGGCCAGGUGGCGUUGGAUUGGAGACGAUGAGUGGCAUGGACUCUGCCGGCAGCUGUGACAGCGUCGUCAGUGCCAAUUCUGGCUUUAGCGAUGACAGUCUGGAGCACUUGUCUGCUGAGGAGAAGGCCUGCCUCAUGUUUUUGGAGGAAACGAUUGAGUCUCUGGACACCGAGGAGGAUAGUGGACUGUCCAAUGACGAGCCCGACCAGAUGCCUACUCCUGGUAAUCUCGCCAUCAAACUGGCUGACCUGUCGGCCUCCUUGAGCAAGAGCAAGCUGAACGAUUUACAGAAACAUCCCUCCAGAGAAAACAUCAAGGAGAACACUGACACUAAACCCCUGCAGAGCUACCUGGUUCCUACACCUCUUGUUAUGGCAGGCGGCGCCCUCUCUUCUGUAUCCAGCACCAAAUCAGGCUGUCCUCCAUGUUCAAACCUCUCCAAGCCUCAGAUCGCACCUUCAAUCAACAAAUCUCAUCAAAAACCCCAAAAGAAACCGGUCGUUCACUUUGAGGUGAAUGUUGUGAUACCUCCUCCCACGAAACCCAAGGACAACUCAGUCAGGACAGCGGAGGGUCCUUUACCUCGAGGACCUCUGUCGUACGAUGCUCUUGUUUAUCUGCAAAGGAGUGCGUCCACAAAGAAGACCCCUCUCUGCCCCACAGUUGAUCACACUAUAGAAUCGGACAAACGUCCUCCUGCCUUGAUGGAAGGACCGAACUUCGGAAACAUGCAGAGAUCUGACAAGUCCCACCCAGAGUCUUCCAGGCUGAACACAAGUCCUCCGGUUGUGCUCCCUAAACCCAAAACGAUUCCUGCCAGCAUUGCUGCGAAAACCCAGAACGGAGCUUCGUCAAUCACAAACACUUUGUACAGUAUCAAGCAUGCGAAAGACCCUGAGGUGGUGAGACAGAAGGCUUUGCUGAAGCUUGGCCUCCUGAAAGAUCAAGAAAAUGAGACACUUGCUCCACUACCUCCCCCCAAACCUCACUCCACUUUGGACCCGACACCUAGAAGAUUCACAAGAGGUUCAUCGACCGGUAAUCCACCGAGAAGCCCAUCGUUUUCUUAUUCUCAAGUGCCCAAGAACAAGCCUCUGCAGAGCAGCGCCAGCUUCCAUCACUGCUCGAGAUCUGACCAUCAGUCUGCAUCGGUACCACAUCCUGUUCAGCCCAAAGGAUUAAAGACAGAUGCUCUGGGGGACCCAAGGAAAGUUGGGAACUGUCCUGAACGGGGACACCUCACAGGAGGGCCAAUGAAGACCACCUCUGCAGCUCAGCCUCAGAAACCCUCAAACUCUGUAGGAUAUUCUGUCAUGGUGGUGCCGGGGAUGGGAGCUGAUCGGAGGGAAGCACUCAGAAAACUUGGACUUCUUAAACACUGAGAACAGACGAACGGCAGGAGUGUGACUGCGUGGCUGCAGUGCUCAGAGAGUUCAGACAACCAUCAGCUUACAGAGAGUUAGAGCAUUAAGAGGGAACUUGGCACUCGACACUUUUGGCAAAGUAACGCAUGAGGAUGAAGAAGAAUAAUUUAAAAGGGAAAACCAGCUCUUUUAUUCUAGGUUGAAUUUACUUACCUGAGGGCAGUUUCUUUCCCCAGCUAUUUUUAUUUGGUCUCAGGAGUUUUUGGAAAUGUACGUGUACAUUUCAAAACCCCUUCUGAUAAAAUGUCUCAUUGUGUUUGCUUUAACAAAUUGCAGUUAGUCACGACAAGAUCUUAAACCAGCAUAAGACUAGUAUGAAUCUUGAAGAGCAUCCGUACACUAAGGCUAACAUCUUCUCUCUCCAUGUUAAACUAAGUGAAAUAAUAAAUCAUGGACCUCCUCAUACAAUCCAAAUGUAAUUUUUGGGGUUAUAACACGCCCCUCAAGAAAGUUUCUUGGAAAUUGGUUCUGUGGUUUUGUAUUUCCUGCUAUCAGACAGACAAACAAAUUAGAAGUAGAUACCUCUGCAACAGUCCCCUUACAUCCAAUCAGGCUGCACCAAAGUACAGAAAUUUAUAGAGAUCAGUUCCCUUAAUGAUUGCUUUUGUUUUUCUAAAUCAAAAUCAUAGAAUCAUUCCCUGGGAAAACUGAGAAAUCUAACACUGUUAAUAAAGUGAUGAAAAUAUUAGUUGAUCUGGCGCCUUUGUCCAGAUCCAGUCCGGAUCACAGAUGUGCCUUUAAGUGGAUCUUUGACAACUUGUCUUGGAGCAGAGCCUCAGAGGGCAGAUGUGUGUUUGCAGUUCAAUAAUAACGUAAAGCAAAACUCUGAAAAUGUUGUGGGUUGAUUUUUUCAUUGUUUUUUUAAACUACAGUAGCUAUAAGCAUUAUAUGAUUAUUUAAAUCUGAUGUAGCAGUAAUUGACAGAUUUGUUUCUACUGUAAAUUUCUAAGUGUAUCAGUGUAUUUAGAGAUAGUCAAACAAGGUUUGACAAACUGUUCAUGUGACUCCCUUGAGAUGGAAAUGCCCAUGAGCUUAUUUCUGAUAAAUGCUUAAUUUGUAACAACUCGCACACGUCACUGAAAUGAAACGGUUCUAUGGACAUCACUGCGUCACGUUACCAACACACUCAUCUAAUCUGUUGUUA